AUGCGCGAGAAAGCGGUGCACCAGUUUGAAUCGCCAGACUUACCAGUCAAUGGCUACACGAUUCUUGCCUUACUUUUACUUUCCAUUACCACUUAUGCGCAAGACGAUUCCACAAGAGCUCGUACUCUUCUAGACCAAGCCAUUUAUAUGGCAGUUGAGGUCGGGAUGAACUCUAGGAUAUUUGCUAACAGGGAAAAGGACCCCGUCUGGGCGGAAAGCUGGAGACGCACAUACUGGGGCUUAUAUACUACGAACUUGAUAAUAUCAGGCUUUGGGUUGGAGCCCAACUUAGCAAUUGAUUGUAUUGAAGGAGAUGUUGACCUUCCAUCCGAUGGAACUGAAAAGUUUGUGCGACCUCGUUCGUUCGAAGAAUAUGAGAUACGUGACUUUGAAGACAAGGUUCCCGUCUUCUCCUCUUUCGCAUACUUUAUCGACUUGGUAAAAAUUGCUGCAUCGUUCUCUAGUGUCCCUUAUCUGGACGGGAAAGACCGCGAGGCUGCCGUAGAGAAUGCGGAUACUAAGCUGAUCGCUUGGAAAUCACAUUUACCCCGAGAGAAACAGUCGAUAGUUAAAGCGAAUGGCGAGAUUGAUUAUAUAUUAUUCCAUUCCUACGUUCUGUGGCAAAGUCUCAUCAUAGGCAUCCACGGCCCGCUAUCACGUUUACAUCGCAUUCGUGUCGGUUGUAAUGAUCAAAAUCUUACUCCCGCAGAUAGACAUGAGGAUCCCCAUAAGGAGAUCCCAAAAGGAUGGCUGCACACCAAAAGAGCAUUUGAAGCAAUCGCAGAUACUACAAAACUUUGUGCACUGCCUAUCCCGAUUAUCAAGCAGUCGCCGCUAGUGACCAACUGCAUUGUCUCUUCGACGGAGGCCAGCAUUUUGGAGUGUUCGCCUUGGCUCCCCUGUUCACAAAAAUCUCAGGCUCGUGAUAAGAUCCGUCUGGCAUUAGCCGCCCUUAAUGAUUUGGGGAAAAUAUGGGAUUUGAGUGCUAAAAUGAGCUCCAACCUGAAGAAAAUGGCGCGCAAUAUUUCUGCAGCAUCCAGUUCACCGCCGGAUAUCCUUGCAGAUGAGCUAGUUUUGCGAAGCCAAAAUUUAGUAAAUACUUUGGAAAAACCAAUUAACUUCGGCGCUUUGGAGACCAUUUGGCUUGGCGAUAUACAACCAAAUAUACCACUUGCUGCGGAGCCCGAUAUCUCCUUUAGCUAA